UUUUGCGCGUCAGCGCGGCGCAGCGUGGACGUCUUUGUUAAAAGUGGCUCAACAAAGUUGAGAACAAACAAACUUCCCUCAGACUUUGUGGAGCGGGAGAAUGAUCCUGCGGGGGGACCAGCCGCCGCUCCAGUGAGAACAUGGAGUCCAGUACAGGUGGCAGUACAGGUGUAGGAGGAGGAAGGUGGAGGUUCCGUCACGUCGUCCCAGUCGUGCUGCUGUGGAUGACCCUGCACAGGCACGUCCUGGGCUGCAGCUCUACAAACUGUAACCUGGUGCUGACGGAUGUCCAGGGGAGUAUCACGUCGCCCUGCUAUCCCCAGAAAUACCCCAAUUCACAGGCCUGCAAGUGGACCAUGCAGGCCCCCACUGGCUUCAUCAUCCAGCUCUCCUUCCUGGAAUUUGACCUGGAGGAAGCGCCUGGCUGCAUCUAUGACCGGGUUGUGGUGAACACAGGAAACACCGAUGUUAAGUUCUGUGGUCUGACAGCCAACGGACUGACUCUGAACUCGACAGGGAACGUGAUGGAGCUGUCCUUUACCUCCGACUUCAGCGUGCAGAAGAAGGGGUUCAGUGUUAGCUUCCGACACGUUGCUGUGGCUCUGAGGAACCAGAAGGUCAAAAUAUCCGGUGGCAACGGCCAUGUCACCAAGGUCGCCAACUCAAUUUCCAUACCGGCGCUCACCCAGCUGACCCUGUGCUUCGAGUUGGAACGCAAUAGCCAGAAACAGAAAGAGUGGAUCUUCACCUACUUUGACACAAAUAACAAUGAGAGGCUGGGUUUGGGCUGCAAUCGGGCUGGCAUUAUGUCGUUGAUCGUUGGUGUAGUUAUCUGUCCGAUCAACGAUAUCUUCUCAGCCUCUGACAUCACUUCUACCAUGAAACGUUUCUGUGUGAUGUGGACAUCGUCAAAUGGCCAGGUGGGGGUUAAUUUCAAUGGAAACCACAGGUUCAAGUCCUGCCCCUCCUCCGUGGGGCGCACUAUCCCGGGGGGUGGACAGUUCCGGUUAGGAGGGCAGAACAACUUCGACGGGAACAUCUACAACCUGCGGCUGUGGAAUUCUGCCAUGACAAAGCAGCAGCUCAAAGUGUUGAACUGCGACGAGGUGGGGAACGUCAUCGACUGGGACAACAGAUACUGGACCAUCCCCUCCUCUCUGGCCCAGACCGACACCUCACUCAGCUGCAUUUGCUACCCUCAUUGCAUUCACUUAACUACUGCUGCGCCAACUAGUGGUGUUUCCCCACCCAGCAACACACCACUCACUACCAGCUGUGACUCCCCUGGACUGGGCUGCCCAGAGAAGUUGUUCUACCGGAUUUCUUUUGUGGUGAAUGCCACGGGCACACUGCCAGCCCUGAGUGAUGUAAAGCGAGAUGUGGCCCGCUGGAUGAAUAACACAUUUCAGAACUGGACGCACACAGUCUUCGUUCAGAACAUCAGUGUCAAGCUCGAAUUAUACAUCGAAAAUCACCUGAUAAGUUAUUCAGGUCUGGCCCUGCUGGUUUAUAAUUACGUCGCCAGUGAGAGUCUGAGUGAAGAAGAUGUGUAUGCCAAGCUGCACAGCAAAGCAGGACCGAUGAAUGCUGGACGGCAAAUCGCCAUCAUCACUGUCAAAUUAGUUGAAAACUGUCCAAAGGAGGAUGUUCUUCCUUACUCCUGGCCUGAGACCAGACCCACCGUCACCCGGUACCUGCCCUGCUUCCCCUACAAGGAGAAGAGCGUGUCAAGGACCUGUCUGAUCAGUCCACAGAACUACUCAUCCUACUGGUCACGUUUAAACAACGAAAGCUGCCCGAACAUCGACAACAUCGAGGUCACAGCAGAAAAUGCCGCUGCGGUGGCGGGGACGCUCAUCAGCUUCACCGACGGCAAGCUCAACGAGGCCAUGGUGUCCCAAGUGGUGACGAAGGUGCAGGAGCUGGUGAACGUGGCCAAGAUCAACAGCUCGUUAGCCAAAGUUGUCGUCACCAUCAUCUCCAACGUCAUGAACAGUUCGGAGACGGUGCUGGCAAACUCAUCAGAGAAAGCUCUGAAGACGGUGGAUGAGCUGGUUCAGAAGAUUGAAUUUGAUGGUCCAUCCAUCAAAAUCACCUCCAAAAACCUGGCUUUGGGGAUACUGGCCAACAAUGCCACCAUGUUCAACGGGACGACCUUCAGCGCCUUCAUUCCAAACAACGACACUCCACAGAUUGAUUUUGAAUCAGAGACACCUCACCCUUUAGCUCAGGUCACCCUCCCGUCCUCUCUGCUGUCCAACGUCUCUCUGAGCGAGACUGACAGAUCGUCUCUGUCCAGGAUCAACUUCAUGUUCUUCAGCAACACCAACCUCUUCCAGAAACAGCAGAACAAUCGAAGUUUGAACAGCUACGUAGUGGCCAGCAGUGUGGGGAACUUCACCAUCAGUGACCUGGCAGAUCCAGUGAAGAUUGAGAUUGCUCACCUCACUCCACAGCCCUCCAAGACUCCAUUCUGCAUGUUCUGGGACUUCAGCUUGAAAAAUGGGUCUGGAGACUGGAACGGAAAAGGCUGCAGAGUGUCCAAUGAAUCCACCAGCAACCAUACCAUCUGUCUGUGCAACCACCUGACACACUUUGGCAUCCUCAUGGACAUAUCUGGAGUUUCGCAUCACAUAGAUUCAAAGAACAACAGGAUUCUGACCUUCAUUACUUACAUCGGCUGCGGCAUCUCCGCCAUCUUCUCUGCUGCCACGCUGCUCACCUACAUCGCCUUUGAAAAACUUCGACGUGACUACCCGUCUAAGAUCCUGAUGAACCUCAGCGCGUCCUUACUCUUCCUGAACAUGGUCUUCCUACUGGACGGCUGGCUGGCCAGUCUGAAAACCGAUUGGCUGUGCAUGUCUGUGGCCAUCUUCCUGCACUACUUCCUGCUGACCUCCUUCACCUGGAUGGGGUUGGAGUCCAUCCACAUGUACAUCGCCCUGGUCAAGGUCUUCAACACCUAUAUACGCCGAUACAUCCUCAAGUUCUGCAUCGUCGGAUGGGGUCUCCCUGCGGUGUUGUUGGGGAUUGUUGUUGCAGUGGAUAAAAACUCUUAUGGGUCGAUAGAGUACGGCAGAGGAGGGUCAGAAGAGGAAUCCUCAGUGCUCUGUUGGAUCAAGAAUAAGGCCGUCUUCUACACCACCUGUGUCGGUUACUUCUGUGUGGUGUUUCUGCUCAACGUGGCCAUGUUCAUCGUGGUGAUGAUGCAGAUCUGCGGCCGCAACGGCAAACGCAGCAACCGCACGCUGCGAGAGGAGGUUCUGCGGAACCUGCGGAGCGUCAUCAGCCUCACCUUCCUGCUGGGUAUGACGUGGGGCUUCGCUCUGUUCGCCUCGGGACCCGUCGCCCUGGCCUUCAUGUACCUCUUUACCAUCUUCAACUCACUGCAAGGUCUCUUCAUCUUCAUCUUCCACUGCGCCUUGAAAGAAAAUGUCCAGAAGCAGUGGAGGAGAUACCUCUGCUGCGGCCGAUUCAGGCUUUCAGACAACUCAGACUGGAGUAAGACGGCCACCAACAACACCAAGAAGGUGAGCUCAGACAACCUGGGCAAGUCUUUGUCCUCCAGCUCCUUUGGCUCCAGCACCGCAAACUGGACCUCCAAGGCUAAAGCUACACUCAACCCCUUCACCAAACGACACAGUAACACAGACAAAUGUUACUCCAACCAGGCCAGCCCAAAGUGCAUCUCCUCAUCCUCAUCCUCCUCAGAGGUGGAGCCCAACUCCUCUUCUUCCUCGUCCUCCAUCCUUCCUGUCAGCCAGAUGAUUGAUAAGGUGAAGGAUUACUGCUCCACACGCUCCGACAACUUCUACAAAAACAUCAUCAUGUCCGACAGCUUCGCCCACAGCACCAGGUUCUAGAAGUGUCCUCAGUGUUUCGGGGCGGACUUUCUGGAACCUUUACUCCCUAUGUUUUGGAACUGUUCUAAUUGUUCUAGAAAAGUCACAUCAUCUUUCUGACAGCUUCAGUGAUAAAGGAUGCUUCUAUCAAAGGUUCCAAUGUAAAGGGCGAUAAUGUCUUACCAUGAUGGACCUUCCCACAAUAUUAUUUAAGGCUUCACUUUUGCUCUGAAACCACCACCCAAUGCUCUAGAACCUUUUUGUGUUCCGGAACAACUCUUAAGAACUCUCCAGAAGCCUCAACCACAGUAACUCUCUCUGAGAGUCUCAGCCAUUGAGAACCUUCUUUGUUCUGGAACCUCUUCAAGCAUUCUAGAGCCUCAGCCAGAAAGGGUUUCACCAUGACAGUCGCCCCUCCAACAAUCUAGAACCCUCCAGUCUGAAAGACCCUGACCAACGUUCUAGAACCAUUUUGGCCCUGUCGCUGCCAUGGAACAUGUUCUAGAACAUUUGUUUCUUGAAUCUCUGCAUGCUUCCUGCCAUCCUCUCUUGCCCCUGCUUUUAAUUUUGAAUUGUAAUUAUGUUUCAUUGUUGGAAGACACAGCUGUUGUUAGAAGCCCCAAUUUUAAUUCAAAAUUUAUUUGGAUUGAUUAGCGAAAAUUUAAAAUUGGUUUCUGUAUCUAGUCAUCAAAAUUCAUGAGGCGCUGGUUUGGUUGGGUGACAUAGUGCUUAUUGGUUAGCAAUGUUUUCCUCAGUACCAAUGCAGCAUUUACAGUAUGUAGUAUAAAUGCAUGAACAGUAGCUACAUGAAUCAACCCAGAGCCACCAUUUUAAUGCACUGUAUUAGCACUGUAUUAGCUUUCAUGAAAAUGCCUGCUAGUUAAGAAAAAAAUUUCAAGAGACAGUCUGAGAACCAGGUCAAGAUAAUCACAGACUGAGUCAUACAUUAUGCUUUGAAAUCCCAGGGUCUCCUGGAUGAUAAAGGGCGUUUAAGGGCUUCAGGGUGGUCAGAGAACCUUGCUGCGAUUCAACUCUAUAAUAUCAAAUUACAGAAUCGGCUGACCUGGCUGCCAGACUGUGUAACUAAGAGGAAAUGAAAAGGAGCAGCGGGUAGGAAAGGAUAAACACAAGGUGGGAAGGCAGAGAAGAGAAAAAAAAAGUUCUGGUAGGCUGUUAUGUUUUGGUGUUUUUUUAAUACUGUGAUGUUUGUUAAAACUGGCCGUUUGUGCAUGUGUGUGUGGAGCCAUAUCCUAUGUAAAUAUUGAUAUUCUAUCUAUUCUAUGUGCCUUAUUCUUUAGUGUUAUAAUGUGUCCGAGCGGUUGCUUUUGUUCAUGCCUCCACGGGGUCCUGCAAGGGUCACCUUGACUGUACAUACAAACCCAUACAUUCUCCAGCUCCCCAUGGUGUGUAGGCACACACUCUGCUGUCGUUUUCACCUGUGUGAGAAAAUAAGUCAUGGAGACAGAAAGGGCAGAAAUCACAGGAUGGAUGAAACAGAACAGAAUAUAAUCAAUCGGUUUGUCAAUCGAGGUGCUUUUUGGAAUAACUCCCAAACAAAAUUGGAGAUUAUUUGAAUUAUUCCUUCACAGUUGGUAUCUCUAACAAUGUAAAAGCAACAUAUUGACGCACAUUUUUAAAAUUGUAUUGGAAAUAUUCCAACUUGGAAAAUGCCCUGAAGCUUUCAAAUAUCUCUUUCUCAGACCAAUGUUCCGGACCAACCGGUGUUGUCAGAUUGUAAGACAUUUUUUAAUGAUUAUAAUAUUUAUCUCCUUCAGUUUGCACUUUUUCCUUAAAAGAUUGAAAGUUUCUCUAUGUGGCAAAUUAGACAAUCAUGCUGUGAUUCACUGAUGAUUGAUGUCUUGUGGUUUGAGGAUAAAUGAUAAAAACCAAGAUAAUGCAGUGAAGCUCAGCUCCUUGGGCACGUCAGCCAAAGUUUAGCAAUGAUAGAAGGUAUCAUUUGUGGCAACUGCUUGACUGUUCAAGGGAGGAAACUUAUCACUUAAAAAAAAAAAAAAAAAAUCAUAAUAGCUUUGUUUUUAUGAUAGCAAAGAGAAUUCCCAGCAGGCCACUGUGCAGACGCCAGGAUGAUAUUACCCCCACCUAAAGGGUUAGUUCACGCAAUGUUUUCCCAUUGGGUGUUUGGCUACACACAUAGUUUUGGUUUUAUCCUGCUGUGUCCUGCCACAACUCAAAUACAAUAGAGGUAAAUAGAAUUUCACUUGUGCUGCUUGAAUGAUCAAAAAAGGACAUUUGAAAAACUCCAAAUCAACAUUUGAUUGUGGAUAUUCUGCAGACUCUCAGCAGACAUUUCACAAGCCCAGCUUUUUGGCUAGAAAAUAGUCCCCAGUGGAGUCUGUUGACAGUGAGGUCUGUGGAUUAUCAAGAGUAAUCAGGGUGUUGUUUCUGGAAAGACAGAUUGCUGUUGAGUUUGUCAAGUGUCCUUAUGCCUCUGCGCCUGCGACAGCCGUGAGCAGAGGCAUCGUGUUUGGGUUGUCCAUCAGUUCCAUUCUCACGAUGGCGAUAUCUCAGCAACGCCUUAAGGGAACCCCUUCAAAUUUGGCACAAACAUUCACUUGGAAUCAGAGAUGAACUGAUUAGAUUUUGGUGGUUAGAAGUCAAAGGUCACAGUGACCUCACAAAACACAGUUUUGGCCUUGUGUAUGUGAUAUCUCAGGAACUCCUCAAGGGGAUCCCUUCAAAUUUGACCCAAACUUGGACUCAAGGAUGAACUGAUUAGAAUUUGGUGUUCAGAGGUCAAGGUCACUGUGAGACACAAAACAAUUUUUUUGCCAUAACUCACAAAUUCAUAUGCUAAAUACACUAUUUAACUCAAAUGUCUAAUAAAUAAAUAAAAUAAUAAAGUGAUGACAUUUUAUAUCCAAAAGAGCAAAGGUGAACUUCACUGUGACAUCAUAAUGUUCUGUAAAAACACUUCUGGCCAUUAUUCAACGCUGUGACUCAUGAAGGGGAGAUUGUGAACAUAUUUCCUGCAUCUUGACUGGUUGGCGGAGUCGUACAACCACCAGCUGGUAUUUUUAGUUUAUUUUUAAUUAUUUUAACAGAACAAGAGAAAUUCCAUUCAGGCCACCUGCACUGGGGAUGUAGCAAGUAUUUAAAGAAGAAAAACUGAUUCGGGUGAACUGACCCUUUAUUGAAACUGUAUGUACAGUGUGGUCCAAAGUUAUGAGCCCACUAGAAAGUGCCAUUUCAAUUCAUUAUUUAUCAAAAAUCAUCUAAUUUUCUCUGUCAAAUGUUACAAAAGACUCAAAAUGGGAUACAUAUGGUAUAGUUUACAACAUUGAUGCUACAGCAGUUUUACAUUUAGCGUCUAGCUUAGCUUUUAUCACCUCCGGCUCCUGUCAGCAAGCCUUAAAAACAUAAUUCAACUCAAUAUUUUGCUGAUAAAAGAAUCCUUCUCCAUACAUUUGAAGCUGCAGAGAAUGGUGUGCCUCCUCUAGCUCUGCAUGUAGCCCUCUCCUCACAUAUGCUCUCCAACUGCAGAACUGGAAUCGAUGUUUGAACAGUAAUUUCCUCCCAUUAGCUGUGACUGUUUGGCUGGAGCAGAACAUUUAGUCAACAGUGAAGAAGCUUGGAAACAGACACUGUCUGUGCCUAUUAAGGCUGCAGUUUGGCAGUUAUCUCUUUCUAACUGAAGCAGGACAGUCUGUUCAGUCACACUCGUAUCGUGGAUACCAUGAAAUGUUUGGUUGUUAUAUCACUGAAACUGGCUCGGUGCACUGCUGUGGUCAUUUUAGGGCUCUGCUUGGACUUUCAUUUGAAUGAAAAAGUUAUGGUUUGUAAAAAUCGCCUGACCAGUUUUAAACAGCCUCGUUAAAAAGUUUUACUUUAGCCUCAGUUUGAUAUAUGGAAUAUUUUUCCAGCAAUAAUGAGAAGAGCUGUGGCUAACACUUUACUUUAUGGGACUUGCUAACCAUUUCUUUUAAGUUUCUUUUAAGUUUCUUGGAAAAAACAUUUUAAUUCGGUACCAACUACAUUGAAAGUAGAGAUAAAGUUCUUAGGCUAUGUCUUUCAUUUGGUUAGUUGAGAUGAGUUGAGUUUGUAAGCAAGUGGUUGAUUUCCAGAGAAACAACCUUGAAAAAAAACUUCAACUAAACCCAACAGUAAUUCAUAAUUAAUGUAUUUAUUUCUUUAAACUUUAUUCUUCAUUACCUGCUAUACACUGUUUAAAGGACUAAAUAAGUUUAUUCUCAUCCAGCGUAUAUUUGACAUUAAUUAAUGGGCAGCGUACUAACUGAACACUGUCUGUAUUUUACUCAUAAUUAGUACAAUUAUCCUUAAUUCAUUCAUUUCCAAACAAAAUCCAAACAUUUUAGAACAGGAAAGUAAUCAUCAUAAUUCUUUUGAAGGGAAAGCACAAUGUCUGGUUUUAGGUUUAACUUACUUCUGUGUUUUUGGCUGUGUUAAUAUUUGUAAUUGAACCAUGUGAUUUUGCAUCAGUUAAAAAAAAAAAACAAGAUACUGGGAGUGCUUCUGUUUUAUUCCAUAAAGUGUACAUUUCAGAGUUAUUUUUGAUAAAUGAUCAAUUCAAAUAGAUCUUACUUGUGGACUGUUUGGAUCCCGUGGCACUUUAACUCUCCUCUGCAAGAUUAUUGAUGGAAAUUCUGUGGCUCAACACUUGGUUGGUUUUAUCAUGCUGGGGCCAUAAAAGAGAGCUGACUAAUCACUUGUGUCAAUCCGGGUUAUUAUCCGCUGGUGAUUUGUCACCACCAUAAAAAACGUUUAAUGAAUCCUUUUCGAAGUUGAAAAAAAAAAAAACACAGCAUCCCUGCAAUUCAAUAUAGUUUUUGUGUGUUUCGCUGAAAAGAUUUCUGUUUAAAGGGAAGACUUGUUUUGUGAAACACUUGUAAAAAUAAUCUUUUCCUAUUGUUCCUUUUUGUAUUUUUUCACCCACUGUUGUCAAAAACAGUCGAACAUGUUUUGCUCAUUCUGAAUUCUGCGUGUUUUUGUUGCUUUGUGAUCUUCAGCGAAGCUUUAGAGCAAAGCUGACAUGUUUACUGUGUGGUAUAUUUUUAUUUAUUUUCUGGAUGUACAGUUUCUCUGCACCUGUAGCUGAUUCCAGCCUCGCUUUCAUUUACUUUCUUCUCUCCGGUUAAGCUGACAGUCAUCUGUAGUGAGAGGUGAAACUUGGCAGACGAACACAGAGACCUGUCUGACAUUUUUUUAAGCAUUCAGGCGUGAGGAUUAGACUCUGGAUCUUUGGACUUCGUCUCGUCAACUGUUGGCUCACCAGACUUCCACUGUCCACGCGGAGCCAACAGUGUUCAACACCAAAGCAUGACUGUGUAGUGAGGCACGCACUGUACCGACCGUCAGGCACCCUGGCCCACGUUUCUCUUUUCUUUUGCCCAGAGUGGUGGAAGAAUGCAUUAUUCAGCCCUCUGAAACAAACCCCCAGAGACAGUAAAAGAAGAGAUGAAGCCCCCUUGGCAGCCCCAGUGGCAUAGCUCAGUUCUUCUUUGAGUCACUGGCCUGGGUUCAGCCUGAGGGUAGAAAAGAUAGUUCCCUCUUUUUUUGUCCCUGGCUUGAAAACGUAGCCAAUGGCUGCCAUAAAUACAGUACUGAAUGAAGGAAAAGGGAGGAUUAAGUCACUUAAAUCAAAAGGACCGUUGUCAUUGUGGUGAUUUUAUGUCCAGUGUCAAACAUCCCGACCCUGGGGCUGCCAUCACUGAAGGGACAAGCUCUAUGAAACACAGCCUGAACAGGAAACAGUUUUUCGUGAUGAGAUGAUCACCACACAGAGGGAAAUGAGACUUUAGGGAACUGAUGAGAACUGAACUUUUAGGAUCUAUAGAAUAGUUGUAUAACUCCUCUCUUGUUAUUUGUGCCUGAAUCCCACAGGUCUCUGGCAGCUCAACAGACACUAACAUCACAGUCACCGCUCACUCGGAUCUGCAAACAGAUAUCAGCUUAAAUUAAACUACUUUGUCUGUUUCUGGUUAAAAAAGCUGAGUGCAUGUGGCCCUUGAGGUCAGACCUCUGUAAUAAACCUGUACAAUGUCACAGUGACAACGCUGCACUUCCACGAACCCCACGGUUACAGAGCGUGUCCUAAAAUCACAAAUCAUAACAAGAGUGUAUUUAUGACAGCAUGGUUUUCAAACCCUGAUUACAUUGAAUGAAUUGUCCUCUAACCCUAAAAAUAUCUGUCUGUCUCUCUUUUGUUUUCCUCUUACAUGUCAUAUGUACAGUUCCAAUUAAUUUAAAUAUUUCUCUAGUAACUCUGAACUAUGUCUAGUUGAUGAAUAUUGUACCAAAUGCAGAUGUUUCCGAUGACGAUUGUAAUUGAUCUUGGCUUUCAUUGUUGUUUGGUAUUUGUAUUAUUAUAAUAAUGAUUAUUAUUAUUGUUAUUAUUAUUAUUGUUAUGUAAACACUUUUCUGCACCAAGCAAUGUUGUUGUUGUGGUAUGGUUUGUCAGUGAUGUUCUUAUCUGGAAGGUUACGUCAGCAUCUCAACAUUAAAGGGAACUAAAUGUUGUGAAAUGUGCACACAGAGGUUGAUUUAAGCUUCAAUGAAGGCGGUGAUCGCUGGCUUGUUGUCCGACAAUAUUUGCUCAGAUUAGAAGUGUGUUUCAGAGUCCUAGACACUUUUUUCCAGACAGGCCAGUCAACCAGAAAUGAAGACACUGUGGUCUACUGCAUCAAACACAGAGUUUAAAGGUCCCAUAUUUGUGUUUUAUAUGUAUGUACUGUUGAUCCAUAAGAAGAUAUAUUUGUGGAACCAAAAACCAUCUCCAUCACCAUAUUACAUCUCUUUUCUCAAGCUUCUCUCUGGUGCUCUAGUAACAACAGGUCGGUGAGCCAAUCAGAAGAGAGGAGGCUCUGAGCCUCUCUUCUGAUUGGCUGACUGUUUUCUGAGUGAUCCAAUAAAAUAUAGCAGAUUUCAGGUAAACACUCAGCGAAACCAAAUCCUGCAAGGUUGGAUGGUGGGUCCAGGUGGGUGGGGCUUGGGCCAUGGCUGAGGGGGGGUGACUGCUUUGUUGUGACAUCACAAAGUUACAAAAGUCCUGAAGACUUGUUUUAAGGCUCAGUUUCUGAAUACAGGCUGUGUGCAUUUCAUUAUUUAAGUAUUAAUAUAAACCCUAGACCUGCUUUAUGAUAAUAAAAAAAAAUCUCAAUUAAAAAUA